CUAGGGCUCGUGGACUGGUCCAGUCCCGCUCCUCCCGUUGCCAUGGCAGCCUGGCUACGGAAGCGCUCUGCGGCGCUUCCCUCCAGGUCCGCAGGGCGCCGCUCGGAGCCGGGCCGCGGGGAGCGGCUCCCUCCGUGCUGCUGAAGAUGGCGGACGGCGGGGAAGCCGCGGGGCAGCCGGAAGAGGCGGCGGUUGACGGGCCGCGGCGGGACAAAGGGCCCCGGGCUACUGCCCGGCCACCCACGGCCCGGGACUUACAGUUGGCUUUGGCUGGGUUAUAUGAAGAUGAAGUUAAAAGCAAGUUAUCCCAUUCUGACAGACCACCAGCUACAGUGGUCGGUAACCCAAGACUACCUGUUCAGAGUCUAAAAAUUGACUCCUUCAGAAGCUUGAGAAAACCAGAAAGAAGCAUGAGUGAUGACAAAGAAAACCAAAGAUUUUACUCAGGUGACUCAGAAUAUAGCGGACUACAGAUUGUUGGGCCUUCUGAUAAUAAGAAUCCCAGUAAAAUUGUUGAUGAACUUUUCAAAGAGGCGAAAGAACAUGGGGCAGUUCCACUGGAUGAAGCCGCAAGAGCCUCAGGUGAUUUUAGUAAAGCUAAAUCAUUUUCAGGUGGUGGAUACAGAUUGGGUGACUCAUCACGGAAGCGCUCUGAAUAUAUAUAUGGAGAAAAUCAGAAUGGGCAAGAUGUUCAAAUUUUGCUUAAACUGUGGAGGAAUGGUUUCAGUUUAGAUGAUGGAGAGUUGAGAUCUUACACAGACCCAACAAAUGCUCAGUUUCUUGAGUCUGUUAAAAGAGGAGAGAUUCCUUUGGAACUUCAACGGUUGGUGCAUGGUGGCCAAGUUAACUUGGAUAUGGAAGACCACCAAGAACAGGAAUAUGUAAAGCCUAGAUUGAAAUUCAAAGCUUUCAGUGGAGAAGGACAAAAGCUUGGAAGCCUCACACCUGAAAUUGUCAGUACACCUUCUUCCCCAGAAGAAGAGGAAAAAUCCAUUCUUAAUGCAACUGUUCUGAUUGAUGACUCCAUUGCAACAACUAAAAUUCAGAUUAGGCUAGCGGAUGGAAGCCGUUUGAUACAAAGGUUCAAUCAAACACACAGGAUUAUGGAUGUUCGAGAUUUUAUUAUCCAGUCCCGUCCUGCAUUUGCAGCAUCUGACUUUGUUCUUGUGACUACAUUUCCAAAUAAAGAACUAACAGAUGAAAGUCUGACACUACAAGAAGCAGAUAUACUUAACACUGUGAUUCUUCAACAACUAAAGUAACCUUGCACCUGUCAGUCCAAUAUAGCUUUUGUGGAUAGGUAAUGUGCCAAACUGUCAUACAAGGAUGCUUCCAGUGGUGCGGAGGGAGGGAAUCAAAUCAGCAUCUUCUUUCACUUGCACAGAUCAGUUUUGUUUUUAUUUCUGUUCUGUCUUCCAACGAUAGCAUAUUUGAAUCAGAUUUUAGAGUGAUUUCUCACCAAAUGUUUUUACAGUUUUAAAACUAAGCUUGUAUAAAUGGGUAUGUU